AUGACUGAAACCACCAACUCACAACGCAUUUUUACAGUUGAAUCCACUUCUUUCCUUCAUCUCUUCAACUCGAACGACGAUGAACUUUGCAGACUUCAAACUACUUACAUAAAUAGCUCCGAAAAUAGAGAAGAAAUUAAUUCGUUUGAACUACAUGAUCAAGAUGAAAUAAAUCUACGUAAGGAAGAAGUUGAAAAAAAAGUUUUUAAUUCCAAUUUUUUUCUGAUAUCUAAAUAUUUGAUGAGAUGCAGAAGAAAAACGAAGGAAAAGUUUUCUGUGCAACUUCAAAUAUUCAUUAUAAUGGUUCGAGGGCUAUUGAAUACUUCUACAGAUCAAGAGAGCUUCGAAAAGGAAAUAAUGGAGAAGUUUGUAAAAAGCUUUGUUGAAGAUUAUGACUGA